UAAGCCUUUGAGUUUCACAAUUCUUCCAUUCCAUUUAUUGAAACUCAACCACGCUUCCCACUACAAGCAACUUCCACCACCGCAAAACCAAGUAAAGAAGCCACCAGGAAAAUGAAAAGAAAAGCAGAGACCAGUCUAACAAUGGGCAUUGAAACUUCACCGUUUGAGAGCAGUGAGAUGCUUGCGAGUUUUCUAGCCUCGACGCCGCUGUUAGAGGAGUCAUGGAGGCUAUGCGAUCGUGCCAACGCGAGUCCGGGGCAAGCUUUUUUGAUAGAACAGGUCGGGAGCAGAGUUUAUGUUGCCUUUUCUGGUGUGCAGUAUUUGAUUCAGGGUUCAGAUCCGAGUUUCGGUAACUUGGUUUCGCUGGAUGGUGUGAGUGAGGACUUUUUAGCUCCAUUGCAUUACCGGAAUGAAGGGGAGGAACCGGUGAUGGUUCACGCUGGCUUGUUGCAUCUCUUCAUCUCCUCCUACCAAGCUUUCAAAACCCAGAUGUCGACCAUACGGGAGAAAUGCAAGUCAAUUGUCAUCACAGGCCAUUCCAUUGGAGGAGGAACAGCCUCUCUUGCUGCUCUAUGGCUACUUUCAUUGCUCCAAUCAGAGUCUUCAUCCCUCCCAGUAUUAUGCAUAACCUUUGGCUCUCCACUGCUAGGUAAUGAGUCUCUUUCUCGUGCCAUUGCUCGAGAAAGAUGGGGUGGAAACUUCUGUCAUGCUGUCUCAAAACAUGACCUAAUGCCAAGGCUUCUAUUUGCUCCAGUAGCUUCUAUCACCUCUCAGUUACAUUGCUUGUUACAAUUCUGGCACUUGUCGAUGCAUUCUCCACAAUAUAGGCAACUAGCAGACCAAUUAAGCGGUGGAGUUGCUCCCCAAAUUUUUGAAAAUGUAUUGACCUACUUGGGACGGUUAACACAAGCUGGAGGAUCAUUGAAAAGCGUGUUCUCGCCAUUUGGGAACUACUUUUUCUGUUCUGAAGAGGGUGCAAUAUGCAUCGAAAAUGCAGCAUCUGUUAUCAAGAUGAUGCAAUUAAUGUUGGUCACAAGUUCUCCUAUAUGUAGCAUUGAGGAUCAUCUUAAAUAUGGAGAUUAUGUCAGUAAAAUUUCUUUGCAGAUCUUGAAUAAGACAAACUUCAUGCAAGGCGACCUCCCUAAGUCGAGCGAUGAAGCAGGGGUUGCAUUGGCAUUGCAGUCAGCAGGGAUACUUAACCAGGAACCAAUUGCAAGUCCAGCAAAGGAUUGCCUCAAGAUGGCGAGGCAAAUGGGUCUCACACCAAGUUUGAACUGUGCAAAGUUAGCCAUUAAAUUGUCGAAAAUAAAUCCUUAUCGAGCUGAGAUAGAAUGGUACAAAGCAUGUUGUGAUUCAUCCGACGAUCAACUAGGUUACUACGAUUCCUUCAAGCUAAGGCGUGCCUCAAAAAGGGACUCAAAAGUCAAUAUGAACAGGCACAAGCUGGCUCAGUUUUGGGACCAUGUAAUCCGCAUGUUGGAUAAUAAUCAACUGCCUCAUGAUUUUCACAGGCACCGAAAAUGGGUAAAUGGUUCUCAGUUCUAUAUGCUCCUGGUUGAGCCAUUGGAUAUUGCAGAAUAUUAUCGAACACGAAAGCAUCAUGUAAAGGGGCAUUACAUUGAUCAUGGAAGGGAGAGGAGGUAUAAGAUUUUCGACAGUUGGUGGAAAAAUAGAAAGGUGACAGAUGAAGAAAACAGCCAGAGGAGUCGGUUUGCCAGCGCGACUCAGGACACAUGCUUUUGGGCAAAGGUGGAACAAGCCAGAGACAGGCUUGACAAUGUCAGAAGUGAGCAUGAUCCAAGGAAGCGGGCUGCACUCUGGGAUUCUAUCGAUCGCUUUGAAAUGUACGCAAGGGGAUUGGUCGAAAGGAAGGAGGUUUCUAUCGAUGUUCUAGCAAAGAAUUCAAGCUACACUUUGUGGACGGAAGAUUAUAAAAGAUUGAAAUCCCAGAUGCGUCAACUGCCUCCCCCGUUUCCAAGCUUGAUGGAUGUGGAAGUCGUUCCGUUCUUGGAUGAUAACAAGUAGGAAUGUGUUGACACUGCCACAAAAAAUAUGGAUUUGUACCACUUGUAGCUUAUGGUACAAGACUUGUUAUAUUAUAUAUGUUAAGGAUGCAUAUAUAUAUAUAUAUAUAUAUGUAUGUAUGUAUGUAUAUCAUCUGCAAGAGCUUCUUCUAGGGGCCUCGCCUCCUGAUGGCCUAGGAAUCUUGUUUCCUUGUGUAUAUUAUUUGAAAACAAUUGCUGAUCCUUUGCAUCCAUUCUCUCCUCUUGUAUAAACCCAAAUCAAGUUAGAUAUAUAAUUUGUCCUUUUCACUUG